UCUGACACACGACGCAAGAACUGGGUGUGCACAUUUCUGAUAGAAGACGUUUGCUUUUCAACCAGCCAGGUUUGUUGUCGAUUGUCCACCGUAGAAAGACUGGCAUCCCGGUAAGGAGACGGUCGACUACGAAUACACAAUAAUGGAUCCAUUUACAGAGAAAUUGCUGGAGCGCACUCGUGCGCGGCGUGAGAACCUCCAGAAGAAGAUGGCGGACAGGCCCACGGCGGCCGGCCGACCCAUGGCCAAAAGGAGCCGAGAGCCCCUGGCUGAGAACAACAGCACCCUGAUCGCAGAGCCGCCCGUCGAAAAGGUGCUGCCCUCCGCUAAGCCCUCCCCCUCUAAGCGGCGCUGCUCGGACGAGAACGCCCUCAACGUGCCUGCCGUGGAGACGGAGAACAAGCAGCCAGAGAUCCCUCGCACCCGCACGCCUACCACCACCACAGCAGCAGAGCCUGUCAUCGUGGACAGGAAGCCCCCCAUCGCCCCCUCUUUAUCCAGCAGCAACAACAGCACGCGGCCUACCCUCUCCUCAUCCUCAUCCUCGUCACUGGAGAGACCUGCUCCCGCUCCUGUUGCCACCCAGCCCCCUACUAUGGCACCCCAGGUCUUGGCCCCCCAGCCGACCCCGGAGCCAAUGGUGGAGCGCACAGCCGUGUGUCCCCCAGAGCAGGCUGUCAGGGGUGGCAGUGUGGAGACGAAGCCCCAGCCUGCAGCCCCGUCGGUGGGGGAGGCCGACGCCCCAGUAGCCACCUCUGGCAUGAAGGCUCGGCUGCAGAAGUUAGCUGCUCAGAGACACAACUGGGACUCGGCAGCCCCAUCCGAUGAUGUCACCAUGGGCAGCCCCAUCCAGCGUUACGACGUGCCCCCGGACCCCGUCCCCGCCCCCUCCUCCUCGGGCACCCCGCUGGGCAGGAAAGGGCGCUUUGCCAACCUCGCCGCCACCAUCGGCUCUUGGGAAGACGAUCUGAGCCACCCCUCGGCCUCCGUUGCCCCGUGCAGAGACAAUGCACAAGGGGCACGGCCGAAGCCUGGCACUGGAUCCAGCAGCGGCACACGCCAGCCCCCUCCACCCUACGGCUCUGCUCCGCAAACAGCCUCCUCCAAGACGCAAGCCGCCAGCAAGCCUACCCCUGCCCCUGCACCUGCCCCUGCCCCUUCAGCCCGUCAGACCCCCGUGUGUUCUCCGGUGAAGUCCAGCCGCGUGGUGCUACCGAGCGCUCAGCACACGGAGAUCCCCGAGCCCCGUCCCACCGCCCAGACCACCACCAGAGCUCUCCCUUCCCCCUCUCCUGUCUCCAGCCCCCAGAAGACCCCCGCCUCCAGGCAGCCAAGCGGACCAGCAGCACCCAGAGGGGGGAUAGUCCAUCCCGCCAGCCCCCAGAAAACCCCCUUGUCCCAGGGCAGCAGCUCCGCGUCACAGAGCCCCCUGAAGAAGAUCCAGGGCUCCAGGGAGCUGGAGGCAGGGAAGGGGGCGGUUGGUGCUGCUUUGGCCAGUAAGACAGCCACCGCUGCUACUGCUACUGCUGCUGGAGCUCUGGCCCCUGCUGCUGCUACCCCCCUGCAGUCCCAGCACAGAGAUGCCACCCCUGCACAACCCAAGGCAACCACUGGCACUCCAGGUGUGAAGUCGUUCCUGGAGCGUUUUGGGGAGAGGUGCCAGGAGCUGAACACCAACAAGAACUCCCCGUCCGUGUCCAAGGGGACCCCCACUACCCCAGCUGCCACCGCCGCCGCUUCCAGUGGCACCCCCAAAUCCCUCCUGAUACAGGAGAGACUGAACAAGAUCCAGGGCACCACCCCCACCUCCACCACUGCUGACCUCACCCAGAAGCAGAAGAUGGAGCGGGAGAUGGAGCUGGCCCAGAUACGCAGUCGCUUCCAGAAGGGCAACGCCGUGAGGAACACCAAACCAGAAGCCUCAUUCAACAGGAGUGACUCGAAGGAGAGGGAUUCCAGCAAAGAGUCUCUGGCCCCCUCUGUUGGUGAUGUGAGCACAGACACUGAGAUGAAGUCAAAAGCUCCCACAUCGCCCUGUGUCACGUCGAGCCCAAGGAAGAAGAUGGAAGGUUUAGCUGAGAAGAAGACAGUAGAGUUCAAGGAAGUUGAGAAAGAUGGUGCAGAGAGAAGUCACGAAGAGAGAGUGAAGGCAGUCGAGGAAGAGGAAGAUAAGAAGGAUGAAGAGGAAGUGAUUGAGAAGGAAAUGAACGUGGACGGUUCCUCCAUCAACUCAGCGGUGAUCAACGAGCUGUUUGAUGGAGUGCUGGAGGAGAGCAAUGAGCAGAGUGUUGGAGAAGAGGAUGAUGAUGAAGAGGACGCACUGAACAUCUCCUCCAUGUCUCUGCUGACCGAGACUGUGGCAGCAGCCGUCAAAAGCCCAGAGAGGAAACUACUGACGUCGACCCCGGCCAGCUCCUUCCUGGAGAAGAGCAGCACUCCGGAGAGCUCCUCGUCUUCGCGGCAGAGCAGGUUCCAGAGGGUUCGCAUGCUCCGCGCCGGCUCCUCCGACAGCCUGGAGAACCCAGACGAGGAGCAGAACCUGCUCUACAGUAUCGAUGCGUACAGGUCGACGCGCGUGAAGGCAGAGACGGAGCGGCAGCACGUGAAGCAGGUGAUCGUUCGCAAGGAAGACGUAUCCCAGAGGGCCGAGCAGCAGAGCAGGGCAGCCAGCCAUGUCAGCAUCAAGCAGAAGAUGAAGGAGCUGACCAAUGAGCUGAACCUGCAGCAGACGGUGAUCCACCAGGCCAGCCAGGCGCUCAACUGCUGCACAGACGAGGAGCACGGCAAGGGGUCACAAGUGGAGGCAGAGGCAGAGAGACUACUGCUCAUAGCCACGGAGCGUCGCGUGGCCCUGAAGGCAGAGCUGGAGCGUGUGAAGGCCGCGGGCCCCGGUGUGGACCAAAGAGGGGGCCCCGGGGAGGGGGCCUCUGCCACGGCCUCCAAAGGCUCCAUCAGCCUACUGGAGCUCCGCCUGCCACUCAAGGCGGACUUCGUCUGCUCCACCGCCAACAGACCAGAGUUGAGUAGUCAUUACUUCUUCGUGAUGAUCCGUGCCGGGCCUGAGAACAGCGUGGCUACUCCCUUGGCCAACACACGCAGCGCACUGAGUGGAGAUGCCCUCACAUUCGCCACCAAGUUUGAACUGCCGAACGUGUCAAACGACUUUGAGAUUGACAUUGAAGUCUACUACCUGGUUCACAAAAGAGAGCUGCACUCAGACAAGAGGAAGAAGCCCACCAAAUCAAAGAUCCUUCUGGAGUGUGUUCAUGAGCUCCACGACGUGUGCUUUUCGGCUAUCACUCCUAAGCGCUUCCUGGCCAUAACCAAGAGUAAUCUGCAAACUCCAGUUGUAGCCAGCCCCGGGGGACCUAAUGCUGUGCGCACCAGCAAUUUCUCCCUUGUGGGCUCUCACAAGCUAACGCUGGCCUCCAUUGGCAAGAACAAGUUCCCUCUGGAGAAGAUCAAAUAUGAAGGGCUUGAGAGAGAGCUACUCAGUGACAUGUUUCAGAAAAAGGUGCCAUUCCUGUGUCCGCUGGAAGGUCAUAUCUAUCUGAAGAUGCAGUGUGAAGUGGGAUCCCGUGUGGAGGAGAGAGGCUUCCUGACGAUGUUCGAGGACGUGAGCGGCUUUGGGGCGUGGCACAGGAGGUGGUGUGUUCUCUCAGGAUACUGCAUCUCCUACUGGACCUACCCUGAUGACGAGAGACGCAAGAACCCCAUUGGGCGGAUCAACCUGGCCAACUGCACGAGUCACCGGGUGGAGCCGGCUAACCGCGAGUUCUGCGCUCGGCCCAACACCUUCGAGCUCAUCACAGUGCGACCACAGCGCGAGGAUGACCGUGAGACGCUUGUCAGCCAGUGCCACAACACCAUGUGUGUCACCAAGAACUGGCUGAGUGCGGACACAAAAGACGAGCGUAACCUGUGGAUGCAGAAGCUGAACCAGAUCCUGGUGGACCUGCGCACCUGGCAGCCAGACUCCUGCUACAGGCCCCUGUAGAGCAUGCAGUGCACCCUAGUGCCUGGGAAGAACAACUGCAGCUGGUCUUGGAAAAACGGCUGCUCAGCCACCUACUCCACCAAUGGCCUAUCAAUUGGUCACAUUCAGGGACAGUCGGGGGAGAUGUGCAAUACAAGCCCGAGUUGAAUAAUAAGAAACCUGUUUGCGUAUUUCGGAAAAAGUCCUUUCCUUAUUUUUUAAGUUAAUGACAAUGACGCAUGUGUCAAUAAAGCCAUACUUUCUGAGCUGGGUGUUUUGCAGGCAGUUUAAAAGAGAUGGGAGGGCAGGAGAUUGAACCUUCCUUUAUGUUCCUGGCCUAUCAGAUGGGAUGGCCUGAUGGCUUUGUUUUCUUAUUCCAACAACACUGGGAUGCAUUUCUCGAAACCAUAGUUGCUAACUACAGUAGCUACUUUGUUGUUUGCAAUGCAAUUUCCCUUUGGCAACUAUCGAAGUUGCUAACUGGCUAACAACUACACUCUCCAGAAAUGCACCCCUGAGCUGUUCACAUGUCACAGGGCCGUCUGCUCUGUGUUUGAUUGAUGGGCCUGUAUGCCAAUGAUUAAGGAUGAUCAAAUGGCAAUCUAGGCUAAUCAAUUGCCUCUGACGAUGUCUUUUAUUUGUUAGUUUCAAGGAUUGUUUUAACCUUUUUUUGUCCUCCUAAAGUGUCAGACGUGCACAUUCUAUAGCGUGUGAUGUAGGACAGUAUUAAUAUGUUGAUCUACAGAUGUUCAAUUUAUACUAUAUUUUUAACACGACUUUGUCAAUUUUCAGAAAAAUACAUAAAAGUACAGUUUGUUUUCUUUAAAGAUUGUAUUUAUCAUGUAAUUCACCAUUGGAACUGUCUAAGAUGUUGUAUUUACUACUUAACUACCAGCAAAACACUUCUUUGUUUUUAUGUACAUCUGUGUGAGUGUCUGUCUGUCUGUCUGUCUGUCUGUCUGUGCUGAGAUUUCCUAGAGCCAAAUGGUUAUUGCUUGUUACUAUCAAUGAGUGCUCUGAGUUUUGAGUGAGUGUAGAGGCUAACUGCUGUAUUCUAAUGGUGUAUUAUAUUCAAUGUAUUCCGUGUAUAUUCAAUGGAGGGGUGAGGUUCAGGUGAUGCAGCCUGAACUGCUUCUCUAUGAGUGAUAUGGGAUGGCUGGGAGAGUUUUCUUUUUGUUUUUAAGCGUUUACACUAAACAUGUGCGAAGUGCGCUUUGCUUUGCCACGACAUCUUCAUAUCAAUGGAGAUAUCAAUAUAUUUUGGGCAAGAGUUUGUGUGGGAUAUAUCUAUGUAUAUAUUUUUUUGCUCACAUGCUUUACCACCGUGGCACACAACAGUGACAGGAUCACAGUCGUGGUCACGCCCUGCACCAGAGGACAUUAUGAUGCUACCUUUGAUGGACAGCUUCACUUGUACACCUGCACACUUCACCUGUGCUGAUUCACAAACUGCUGCCUUAUAUUACCGACGCACUCCUAAACCAGAACAAUGUUACCUGUCUGGAAACCAAUAAAUUCCAAGAUUUGAUCAAUGCA